AACAUGACCAAUCCCCAGCCUACAAUAGAAGGUGGAGUUUCAGAAGUUGAGAUCAUUUCACAACAAGUAGAAGAGGAGACCAAAAGCUUAGCUCCUGUACAGCUUGUUAACUUCACUUAUCGAGAUUUACCCCUUGCUGCGCUUGAUCUUUCUGUGGCAGGGUCCCAGCUCUUGUCAAAUUUGGAUGAGGAGUACCAAAGAGAAGGAUCUAACUGGCUAAAGCCGUGCUGUGGGAGACGAGCAGCUGUGUGGCAGGUAUUUUUGCUCAGUGCAAGUCUCAACAGUUUCCUGGUAGCCUGUGUAGUGUUGGUGGUGAUUCUCCUGACUCUGGAACUCCUAAUAGAUAUAAAGCUUCUCCAGUUUUCAAGUGCAUCACAGUUUGCAGGAAUUAUUCACUGGAUCAGCCUAGUCAUCCUGUCUGUGUUCUUUUCAGAGACUAUUUUGAGAAUUGUGGUUCUCGGUAUAUGGGAUUAUAUUGAAAACAAAAUAGAGGUAUUUGAUGGUGCUGUAAUAAUUUUAUCCUUGGCUCCAAUGGUGGCCUCCACCGUGGCAAAUGGCCCAAGCAGUCCGUGGGAUGCCAUCAGUCUCAUUAUCACUCUGAGAAUUUGGAGAGUUAAGAGAAUUAUUGAUGCAUAUGUGCUGCCAGUGAAAGUGGAGAUGGAGAUGGUGAUUCACCAAUAUGAGAAGGCAAAGGUCAUUCAAGAUGAGCAGCUGGAAAGGCUAACCCAGAUCUGCCAAGAACAAGGGUUUGAAAUUAGGCAGUUGAGAGCCCACCUAGCUCAGCAAGAUCUGGACCUAGCUGCUGAGAGGGAGGCUGCGCUGCAAGUACCCCACAUGCUGAGCAAGCAGAGCAGCAAUAGAUAUAAGGUAGUGGCAACUGGAGACUCAGAUGAUGAGGCCACUGAGAACAUCACCGAGUUACGACCACCACGAGAGGUCAUGGUCAAGGAUGAUAUGAACAACUACAUCAGUCAAUAUUACAAUGAGCCCAGCAGUGACAACGGAGUUCCUGAAGCUGGUAUUUGUGUCAUUACCACAACAGCCAUUGACGUGCACCACCCCAACAUAUCUUCUGACCUGUUCACAGUGGAAGUGCCCAUGAAGAUAGGAAGUAAUGGAACUUCUGCUAGUGUCACAUCAGGCAGUGCCUCCAGAUCUACAGACAGCUCUGUAACCAGAGCCCAGAGUGACAGCAGCCAAACCUUUGGCUCUUCCACAGACUGCAGUACCACCCGGGAGGAACCCUCUGAAUACGGCCCUUUAAACAGGGCUGGGAAUGCAAAACAUGAUCAAAUUGAUUCUGCAAGGCAUAGGGUCAGCAAUGCAGUAGUUCAGGAACUGUUAUCAUCAUUGUCAGAGGAUUCUUGCUUGACACAAAAAGGCUUAGAUCCAGUCAACCUUAAAUUGCCUAGUCCAGCAGGGUCCGCCAAAGCCAGUCCUGAGCUAGAACAUAGAGUGAACAUUUACAACAAGAAGAACCAAGAGAGCUUUGAUGUGCUCCAGAUUAAGCCAGUUAUUCACCUUCAGCAAACUGCCUCAGUGAUCAAUGAAAAGUACAAAUCUUUGGAAUCCAAAGAGCAAAAGAUGAAUAGGGUCCCAGAUUCAUAGUUCUCCACAGUGGUAGGAAAAGAUGAGACAUUCUAGAGCUUUAAUGGCACCCUCAGAACAAUUGCUGGCUGGAUAUCUUGCUCCUUGCGUGGUUUGAAUGAAUUGAAUAUUCAUAAAAUGCAUGAGUUCUGAGAGCCAACAUGAAUCCAUGACAUUUCUAGCUUCAGAGGUCCACAGGCCAAGCCCUGGAUGAAGAGAAAACAUUCUGUAUUUCAAAAUAAUGACCUCAAAGAUGUACAUAUUCUUAAUCUUGGUUUUGUGAGGUUUUUUUAAAAAUACAACAAUUUUUAUGGAACUCUGAACAGCCUUCUAUCAGGUCAAGCUUCAGCAGGGUAUGGUACAUGCAGAUGUAAACUUCUCCUUCUACGAUUUCUUACUGUCCCUUUGUACAUGACGACAGCUGUAAACCCCUUUGUACAAAUUCUGCAGUUAUUUUUGUUCUACCCAAAAUCUUUUUUCAAGGAGCACUUUGGGUGAUACAGAUUAAAGGGGGAAAGUGUGAUCUGUUUUUAUUUUAGCAUGAGCUCUUUAAAGACAAUAUUUUGGAAAAGAAAAUAUCGUUUUCACUUCCAAGUCAACACGAGUGAAAA